AUGCUUGAAACGGCAAGAAUCUGCAGGAUUCUCGCUAGGAACCCGGAUGCGACUCUGGAAGCCAUCGCACUCCCUGAUGGGACGGUGGUGACUGGAGAGCGAUGUCUGGAGCAUCUACUGGAAGUGAGCUUUCCGGGCUUCCAUAGGGAGCCAGGAGAGCUAUUUGCAUAUAAGGAGCCGGGCUCACUCAGAAGAGCCCGACAAGCGGACUGGCGAAUGGCGGCCAAGAUUGUCAUGCCCGAGAAGGUCAAGGCUUGUAUCGCGAUGGGCUACACACCCAGCGCAUGGAAACUGGCAGGUAGUUUCAUCCCGAAGGCGGGAAGAACAAGUUACACCAAGGCAAAGGAUUUCAGGCCAAUUAGCCUAACAUCGUUUCUCCUUAAGACAUUGGAGAAGCUGGUGGACGCGUAUCUGAGGGAGACAACUCUGUGGAGUCACCCUCUCCACAAAAAUCAGCACGCGUAUCGUUCGGGCUAUUUCACCGAGACUGCUCUACAUCAGACGGUAGCGUUUAUUGUGAAGCAGCUGGAAAGAAAGGGCUACGCAGUGGGUGCUUUCUUGGACAUAGAGGGCGCCUUUAACAACACACCGCACGAGGUAGUGUGUGAGGAAGCCGCCAGAAGGGGUGUCCCGAUGAAGCUCGUCGAGUGGAUCUGGGGCAUACUAGGGAGGCGUGUGAUGACUUCGUUGGGAACUGCGAAAGUCUACGGUUUAUUAAAGGCACUGGACGAUAGAGGCUUCACUGCACAAGGCUACGCGGACGACGUGGCAAUACUUGUGCGAGGCCCUUUUCUAAAGACGCUUCUAGAGCUCAUGCAGGGAGCACUGAAAGUUGUAGAAGAGUGGUGUCAGAGGACAGGUUUAGCGGUGAAUCCACUGAAAACCGGUCUUACUGUCUUAACUCGCAAAUACAAGGUGGGCACCAUUGUGGGACCCACUCUUGGAGGAGUAAGGUUAGUUCCCAACGAAUCAGUGAAAUAUUUGGGAGUUAUCUUGGAUAAGAAACUGCUUUGGGAGAAGCACCUUUGUAAUCGGUGCAAAGGCUUGUGCCAGUAUUUUUGGAUGUGUAGAAGGACUUUUGGCCAGACUUGGGGCUUGAAACCGAGUAUGAUACACUGGAUCUACACAGCCAUACUUCGCCCCAGACUCACAUACGCAGCUGUAGUAUGGUGGACUAAGGUGCAAAAGAAAACAGCCAAAGUUGCGCUGGAGCAUGUCAGGGCUCUGAUUUUGAGAGGGGCCCUGGGUGCUAUGGUUACGACACCAGUGGCGGCGAUGUUCGGCAUCGAACCAUUUCAUCAGGUGGUGGUGGCUGCUGCAGCAAUGGCGGCAUACCGUCUGAGAUGCGAACUAAAAUGGAAGAAGGGAGCCCGGCAUACGAGGCUGCCGGAAGACGUUCUGCUGGAUCCGAUAUUCGAGAUGCGACAGGACAGAAUACCUAUUAUUCGGGCUUCUGAUAGGCGCUUCAAAGCAGGGUUGAGACACAAGAUGCUGGGCUCAGCACUACUUGGGCCCGAGCAGAUCAGGAAGCUGCCGGUGAGAGAUCUGAUUCUCUUUUGGAGAAAAACAGGUCUCUCAUGA